AAUUGGACAAGCGAAAGAUUUUGAUCUUACAUAUUCCCGGUUUCAAUUUAUAUAUACACAGAGAAAAGAGCCUGGAAGGAAUCAGGAAAACACUUAAUUCGGUAUAUCCAUGUUUUCUACAAUGAGUUAAGCCUAUUUAGAAAGGGCAAAAAAAUCUGCUUUCAAACUUGGUCAGAAAAGAAAGUUUAAAAGCCCUGAGAGUGACUCUCUGAAGAACAGGCGAAGAAAGGAGAGCUGGUUUGAUAGUAUGAAGGAAAAAAUGGUCCCUCUUUUUGUUUUAAAAAUCACCAAGCCAGAUAAGAAAAAGCCAGAGAGAUGAGGACCUACGCUACGGCUAGAGAGGCCAAGAGAAGCAGGAAGUUCCUGGGCGGGGCGACCCAGUCCUCUCCCUUCCGGGCUGCAUGUGGGCUCCCAGCUCCUUUAAGGUUCGGUACUGCUUGUACCCUGCUUCCCUCGCUCUGAGACGGUGUCUGAGAUUGGGAGUGCUCAUGGCAAAGAGCAAGUUUGAGUACGUGCGGAACUUCGAGGCUGACGACACCUGCCUACCUCACUGCUGGGUGGUAGUGAGGCUGGAUGGCAGGAAUUUCCAUCGGUUUGCUGAGAAGCACAACUUUGCAAAACCUAACGAUAGCCGCGCGCUCCACCUGAUGACCAAAAGCGCUCAGACUGUCAUGGAGGAACUGGAAGACAUUGUGAUUGCAUAUGGACAGAGUGAUGAGUACAGCUUUGUGUUCAAGCCGAAGAGCAACUGGUUUAAAAGAAGAGCCAGUAAGUUCAUGACUCACGUGGCCUCCCAGUUCGCCUCCAGCUACGUGUUUUACUGGCGGGAUUAUUUUGAGGCUCAGCCCCUUCUGUAUCCUCCAGGCUUUGACGGGAGAGUUGUGUUGUAUCCUAGCAACCAGACCUUGAAGGACUACCUCAGCUGGCGGCAAGCAGAUUGUCACAUCAAUAAUCUUUAUAAUACAGUUUACUGGACACUUAUACAACAAUCUGGAUUAACACCCGAACAAGCCCAGGAGAGAUUAAAGGGAACUCUGGCAGCGGACAAGAAUGAGAUUUUGUUUUCUCAAUUCAAUAUCAACUACAACAACGAGCCGCUGAUGUACAGGAAAGGAACUGUGUUGAUUUGGCAGAAGGUGGAAGAAGUCACGACAAAAGAAGUUAAGCUGCCGGCAGAACUGGAAGGAAAAAAGAUGGCAGUGACCCGGACCAGGACUAAGCCAGUGCCUCUGCACUGUGAUAUCAUUGGCGAUGCUUUCUGGAAAGAACACCCGGAGAUCCUCGAUGAAAACAGCUGACCUUUCACUCUCAUGGCGGCAUGCUUAUAUGCAAGGUCCCCCAGGUCUCUGUUUUUCCGUGACCCUAGCAUUCCUGCAGUCCAGAGCGCUGUGCCAGGGGCGACCUGACCUGAGAUGGGAGGGAAUGGACAGGGCAAUGCCUUUUGUUCUGCUUGAGCAGAACCCCCUUUUUUGUGAUGUUAAAACAUGACUUCUUUGGUUUUUUUUCUUUUUAAUCGUGGUACUAUUUUUAUAAAGCAAGAACUAUGUCGUGCCUCGCA